UUUCACUGUCACACUUUCUCACUUCUGGGUUGGUUUGGACAGCAUCCAGUAACAUCAUGUCUCAGUACUCUGGAAAGAUUGUGUUUUAUGAGGGUAAAUGUUUUACCGGGAGGAAGUUGGAGGUCUAUGGCGACUCUGACAACUUCCAGGACCGGGGCUUCAUGAACCGGGUGAACUCUAUCCGCGUGGAAAGCGGAGCCUGGAUCUGCUUCGAUCACCCCGACUUCCGAGGGCAGCAGUACAUCCUGGAGCACGGGGAGUACCCUGAGUUUCACCGAUGGAAUGCCCACAACGAUCACAUGGGGUCCUGCCGGCCAGUCAGGAUGCAUGGUGAGCACUACAGAAUGGAGCUGUUUGAAGGCUGUAACUUCACUGGCCAGUGCAUGGAGUUCUGUGAUGAUUGCCCCUUCCUGCAGGGUCGUGGCUGGAACAGGAACUGCGUGAACGCUCUCCGGGUCUAUGGAGAUGGAGCCUGGGUGAUGUACGAAGAGCCCAACUACCGCGGGCGCAUGUACAUCGUGGAGAGAGGCAACUACCGCAGCCACACCGAUUGGCAGGGGCACAGCGCCAACAUCCAGUCCAUCAGACGGGUCGCCAACUACUUUUAAAUCAUGUGACAUUACACUGCACCUUUUACCUCUCCUCACUGAAACUGUGAAAUAAAAUACAAACAAACAAAUA